CUCACUUCCACCACCUAUAUGUCUUCACAGAUAUGCGAAUCAAAGCUGAAACCCAUCUACUUGGUCUCGCUUCUGCAAAGUCUCGGAUGGGAGAGGUGCAUUGUCUUCACAUCAUCUGUGGAGCCUACACACCGUCUAUGCAACCUACUAAAUUUCUUUUCCGAUUUGCAACUGAAGAUCAAAGAGUAUUCAGGCCUUCAACGCCAAUCAGUAAGGAGUAAGACAUUGAAAGCAUUCAGAGAAGGUGACGUACAAGUUCUCGUUUCGUCGGAUGCAAUGACUCGUGGAAUGGACGUGGAAGGGGUGAAGAAUGUUGUAAAUUACGAUAUGUCCCCAUACAUCAAGACUUAUAUCCAUCCAGCUGGUCGUACGGCACGAGCUGGGCAAAGUGGCCGGUGCUUCAAUUUGUUGCGUAAAGAAGAGGUCAAGCGUUUCAAGAAGCUGUUGCAGAAAGCUGACAACAAUUCAUGCCCUGUUUAUUCUGUUCCUUCAAGUUCUAUCGAGUCCCUGCACACUACUUACACAUCUGUGCUGGAGAAAUUGAAAGAAGUAGUUGAAUCUGAGGCAUCAAAGAAGCGCAAGAUUGGAAUGAAGCCUCUACAAGCGAGGGAUCAGAAGAAACAACGCGAAAAGUAGAUUUCUAUGGUUAUCGGAUACGAAGACGUCUUGAUGAGGUAUUGCGAUUGUUUUGUGCAUAAUGCGAAGUUUAUUUUCUUUGUGCAGAAUUAUGGAGUCUUGCUCAUUCAAUUUCUUUUUCUGUUUUAGUAAACACCAGUACUUCUGUAAGGUAGUUGGGGUAUUUUUUGAGUUCUUGAGGUGUAAAACAUGAGGAAGAACAGAAACU